AUGUCCGAAGUCUCAGCAACCUACAGUUCUCCAGAAGUCGAGAAACAGCUUUUUACGGUGGACUCUUCGCUAAACCGCUAUAACACUACCAAUGGCAGCACUACAGGCCCCAGCGCCUAUGUCUUACAGGCUGGACAAAUCGACAAAGACAAACCAGCAGAAGCAAAGCUUAAUAACGACGGUGAGCCCACAUUUCUGAGCAAAGUAAGAAUGCAAUUGACAGGUUUGCAGGACGAUAUCAACGAAUAUUUAACACACCGAAUGGAGACCGCCAAAAACAAGAAAUUGAAACAAGACGAUGAACUACGUAUCAAAACCGAAAUCGACAAGCUUCUAGAUGGCGGAGAAGAAGAUGAUAGCGAUGAAGAUAAUACGAAAUAG